UAGCUCAGAGAAUGGCUAUAAAAUUGACUACUAACCUCCAUUUAUUCUUCGUUUUCAGGGAAAAGUAUUUGUUUUUGUACUCAAGUGCGGAGCUAGAGGGGAGCAACUUAAGUCUUGACCCGUCUCUGAACUCCAUUGAAAAAGCUUUUUCCAUGAAAUUGUGGUGGAAAUGUAAGAAUGGUAACUCUCUUUGGAAUGUUUUCAUGACUGCCAGAUACCCUAGAGGUACAAACAUGAUCUCUAAGGUUACUGAUUCUCCCAUUUGGAGGAGAAUUUGCAGUAUCCAUGAUUUGGAUACCUUUAACUGCAGCACCAACCAGGAUGGCACCUUAAUUUGGGAGCCAGAAAAUGAUGGUCUGUUUUCUUUUAAAUAAGCCUAUGAGUCUAUGAGAGAGGUUCAGUCUACUAUGUUAUCUUUUAAGCAUGCUUGGCAUCCAUAUCAGAUUAUGAAAAUUAAGGUUUUCCAAUGGAAAAUGCUUCAUGGCAUCCUGCCAAUAACAGAUAGAUUGGCCAGAUUUAACAUGGUAUUGAGGCCUUCCAUCUGCCCUCUAUGCAGAAAGCAUGAGGAUUCCAUGGACCAUGUGUUUAUCUCUUGUACGGUGGUUACGCCUGUUUGGUAUUACUUUCAAAGCAUUCUAGGCAUUACUUUGUGCUCUACUACUGACAUGAGACAAAUGAUGAUGCACUGGUGGCUUAAAGCAGGAAGUAAAACGUUACUAGAUCUUUUUAAACAUUUUUGCCAGGUAUAAUUUGCUGGAUUAUUUGGAAAAAUUAUAUUGAAUUCAUUUGGGGUGAUAAAGCAGGAGGAGUAACUUCUGAAAGUAUUGUUAUUCAAAUUAAACAUUUCACUCGCAUAUGGGUUUCUAGUCUUCCUAGAUUAAAAAUUCAUUAUGUGGAGGAAGUGUUAAUUGAGGAAGGGUUUAUUCCACGGAAUUUCAGUGCUUUAGGAACGAAAGUCAAAGCUAUUAGAUAGAUUAAACCCAAAAAUAGUUUUAAACUUAACACUGAUGCCAGUUACGUACCUGGUAAUUUUCUUGUAUUUUAAUUUUUGGGUCAGGUCUAGCCCCCCAAAAAUUUUAUUUUUGCUUUUUCUUGCUUACAUCUUCUUGUAUUUUCUGGAGGUAGGCCUCUGGUGAGAUAUAUUGGCCUAGUCCACCUCUCUUCUUGUAUUUCCCUCAAUUUUUAAUAAAACCUGGCAAAUGUUCCCCGACAUUUGCCCCACUGAUUUGGGUGGUUUUCC